AUGGAGCCUUCGUCCGAAGCAGCGCCUGCGUCGGCCGCCGACAAGACAUCCUCGCCUCCGCUCUCUCAGGCUCUGCUUCCGGAUCCGUCCUUGUAUGCGAACCCUCAUUUGGCGCCCGAGCCUGACACAACAACCCUAGAGGAGCUUGCCCAUUUGGUGAGACUAUCCAAGUAUCAGGAGCGCAAGCGCGCGAAUACAAGGAUACGCCUACAGAGGAACCUCAUCUCCACUGCCUUGUCUGCCCGCCUGAACCGCUGCGGUGAGAUUGCCCGGAAGAACUUGGUUGACUGUUUUCGAUCCGAUGACAAGAAGACUUUUGCUUCACUCUUCAACGCCAUCCACGAUGUGCGCAAGAGCUGCGACGAGCUACGACGCUAUGCUCUUUUGGAACCUGAGAUGGACUCUCUCCAGUCCCCUGCUCUGGCCUCUUCGGAAAGCCUGGAUACGCCACCGAAAUCAACAUCAGGAUCCAGCUCGCUUGGAUCCAUGACCCCUUUCCUCUCAGAGUUGCCGGCUUCUGUCAGAGAAAUCUUCCUGAACUUCUUGACCCAGAUCAGGACCAACCCAGACUACUUGGCCACAAGGUUGUGUUCUCUAACCCCUACAGAACUGAAUGCCUUUACCAUGUUUCACCAGGGAUUGGAACCUGUAGAAUCUGUUCUGCCCUACCACGGUCGCGCUACUGCCCGGGGUCACGCUGGACCAAGUAGCCGGGGACCUGUACAUUCACCCAAUCCUAUUGAGCGCCUGCUGUCUUUUCAGCGGCAUGAUCCCUUGUCAGCAUUGGUUCAUACCUGCUUUGCCAACUCUGCCGGCCCCGACAGCGCGGAAGAUAGACGCCGAACCGAGAUAUGGGGAACAGCACUCGCAAGACUGAUCACCGAGUCCAAGGCCAGCAGCGAGCCCAUGCUGAUUUCCGUACUCAAUGUCUGGACCGCCAUGCGUGAUUGGUCCGGGAAAUCCAACAUGGAAUGGUAUCUGAUGAAGAUUCUUGAGGAUGGCGCCUUUCUUUUGGACAAGGCCGAGGACCAACACGGGACAAGGUUCAACCUCGCGGACUGGACAGCCAAGGACAGUAUCGCCGCUGAGGAGUUUUACGACAGGGCUGUCAACGAGCUCUUCGAGAUCAUCGAUGACGAGGAUGCGACCGGUAUUCCCGAAGGUCUCGUUGAACUGGGUAACGCCAUUUUGAAGAAGCUGGAUAGCAAGCUCGUCGAGGGCACGCGAAACUGGUUUGUGUACAAGUGGCUUUUCUCCGUGUUUCUUCUCGGCGUCGUCAUUCAUCCAGAAAGCCAUGGUCUCAUGGGCGAUUACCACAUCACCGAGUAUGGCCGACAAAAAAUUCUCAAGCAAGUCGCCAUGAGGGCGCAGCAGUUGGUCGUGGAAAUCACUUGGAACAAGAAGGGCACUGUCUCGACUCCGCCCAAGAUCCAGGGGCACGUGGACAGUAUUUUGAACCGAUUCAAACGGUCCCGAUCGCAAAGACCUCCGGCCAAGCUGUUGCCCGCCCGUUCCAUUACCUCACUCCGGGAGACUGUCGAGGUUCAUCCCUACCUGGUCAGACGUCUUAGCAAUUACGAGGAUGACGGUUAUCGUCUGCGCUUUGCCCUUCGUGAACUGGGAGCUCAGGUUGGAAUGGACGUUGUUCAGGGUUCAUGCCACCCAUGUGCUGAACGAUGGGCUGUUUUGUUCAUUUCAGCCGAUGGGAACAGUUUAUCGAGUCAGAUGACCUACGACCCUGACGAAGAGGUUGAAGAAGAGGAGAACUCCUCUACUAGCGAUACUGACGAUGACGAGAUUGACGACAAGCCCGAGCUAGACAAAGACUACCACCAGCUUAGGGAUUCGAUUUUGAAGCUCGUCGAAGAUUUUGAAAUACCAGCAAGUAUUGAGCCAGAAGGUGUCCGGGCACAAUUCAGCAAUCGCGCUACUGGCAUCAAAAAGUAUCGAUCAAAGAACAAAAUCAUUACUGCCGAAAAGUCUACCCAUAGCAGGAACCCUUAUCGCAGACGCGAAGCCGAAGCGCAGACGAACUCAUCGCGAGAGAAUUUGCAAGAGGAUGACAGCGCAUCCACAAAAGAGGCGGGAAAGAGUGCUGAGGCAGAUGCUGAGCCGCCCUCGGUCCUCAUUGCCAUGCUUACCGCCGCCUCUGCCCAAUCUCGAGCGCAAGCUGACUUUGUGUCGGCGCAUCUUUACUGGAAAACGUUGCAGCAACUCAACGCGCUUAGCUCAGAGUCCCUGCGGCGAAAUGGCUUCGCAAUACUGUUGAAUAUUUUCUCCCGAGGACCGCGGGAUUCGAUCCGCCGAUGUGCGUCUGCCAUCGAGGAGUAUGACGCUUGGCUUGUCUGGCUUAAGCAAAGCCAGGAGCGACACGAAGGACUCAUUGACGCAAUGAUGAAGCGUCUCCGCGCUCUCCGCGAUAAAAUGUGGUACGUGACGGAUGUUCGCAAUUCUGCGCCGUACGAACAGAGCCGCAACAUCUGUGCUGCUCUCAAGACCAUGGGCAUGCAGCGGCGAUACAACUCAUAUCAACGAAAUCGCGCCCAUCUUUCAAGGGGGCCUGCGUCAAGCUAUCUUUAUCGCACCGAGACGCAGAUUAUGGACCUUCUCGCCGCUUCCGAAGAGCAAGGCGGGCCCAACAAGCUAAGCGACGACCAGGCAGACAAAACCUCGCGGUGGCUUCAACAGGCAGGGGUUGAAAACUUUUGUUGCGGAGAGGAACGCAUACACAGGUUCUGCUGCGAAGUGGACACCUGUAUAUCAAAGCUGGUUGGCGAGUCGAUCAUGGACGGUCCCGUUUUGUGGUCGAGUGAGCUGUACCAACGGGAUAGGCGGAAUCUGGAGACGGGCAGAGGAGGCCCUCGCGACAGAGAUCACACAUUUGACGACACCGCGAGCGUCAUGAGUGACCCAGACCGGCGUUUCAUGUCUACCGGUCGACCCAGCUCUGUGCGGGACCUGCGGGCCAUGUCGGCUCACAACUCAAGUCAGCAGUCUUUCGACUCUGGCAGUUACCGUUUCUCGAGGGCAAGCACAGUCUUGUCCGACAUCAUAGAUGGACAGGACUAUUUUGGCGUCUCGUCGCCCGUCCACACCAUCGAUUCAAGUUCUACGUUUUGGUCGCCGUUUCAGUCGGCCAUCUCACCGAGUUCGACGACGUCCCGCGCCCAGUCCCCAACAACAAGCAUGACAAACCUAUCCAGCGUGUUCCAGCACUCUCAUCCUUCAAUGGGCUCUCAUGCAAGCCAGUCAACUGGCAGGCCAGGUACUUCGGCAUCGUCUAAUGAGACGAUUCACCAACAGCGCCUGUCGGAAGAGAAGGCCCGUUUCCUCAACGAGCUACGCCAGACACUGGUCAGCCUAUUGCUGUCCGAUUUGGGCACUCUCGUGUUUUCGCGCGGCUCAGAGACAGAUGAUUGGUUCUCCACUUUGGGCCAGGAGUGUAUUGAUAGGCGCGAUGCCCUUGAUAGACGCGCGCGGAGAUCGGGGAAGUCUGGCAAGCUGUCCCUUAGACCGCGUGUCAUUGAAAAGAAGAAGAGCUUUGGCAACUUACGAGGCGCUGGCGAGACGGACAAGAACUCCGAAACCACGGAAACCGCCAGCGCCCCAGGAAACGACAGCCCAGCCACAAGCGACACCGUAGCCGCUCGACCCAAGCCGUCCCCCAAGGAGUCCACACCCGAGUUCCCUUUCAAGAAGGCUUUCCAACGUCUGCUUCGCAUGUUCAGUGUCCACCCAAACCCACAUGCCAAAUUGAAUGCUCUCUACGAGCUACAACAGCUGAUCAUCGCAUCUCUGGCAAGUGGUUCGCGAAGGUCGAGACUAGGAUGGAACCGACAAGAAUUCAUGUCCGGCCCAGGUGAUGACCCUGCAGGGAACGGUCGCUCAAACCCGCUAGAAGAAGCAAUCGAUAACGUCAGGGGAAGACGUUCGCACACACUGCUGCAAUCACCUCUUACCUCGCCACCAGCCAUGGGUCCUCACCAGAUGCGCCAAAGUACCACCGAGAAUCGCAAUGGUGUUUCAGGCAACUCAUCAACGACUGAUGCUGUCACUAACGUUCUCCGGGCACUGUUUCGAGAUGCGUCCAUCCGCCCGAAGACUCUCUUUAGAGAUUUGCAGUUCAUUGCAGCUUUCGUUAACCCAGCCAUCCUCGACAACACAGACAAGGGCACGGCAUUCUGGGACACUGGCCUAGCUGCCUUGGGCCUCAAGCAAGAAGUGUGCCGCACCAUGAUUGAAGUAGCAGACGAGGUGCAGGGCGUGUACACGAGUACCCGCAAGACGACGAACGACACACCCAUCCAGGAUCCAGAACGGCUAGAAACCGAUUCACCUCCUCCUGUGACAACAGCGUACAGCCUAGCACAGGCAGGGAAAAUGUGGACCAUCACGGCGAAGGAGGGCCUGCCAACAGCCCAGCGAGAGUUGGCAAUCUUCUACCUCUCCAAUCCCGAGCUUGUGGAGCGGACCACGUUGCCCCUCUCCAAGCCGCGUGAGGUCUUCAAACAAGCCGUCAUGGACAAGUACGCCGGCGCGUCUGGACGAACCGGUCCUGGCGCCAGACUCUAUGCUGGGGACAGAAACCGUACUGCGGGCGCAUCUGGCCUCGGCGGAUCUGUCGGCUCUCAACACCCCGGGCAGGAUUCGGGCUCCAAAGACGGAGAUGUUCGCAGCGAUCCCGCGCUGAUGUGCGUGGCUGUCCAUUUCUUCCAGGCAGCUGAACAAGGCGGCGAUGAGCUUGCCACUUCGUUUCUCCGCCAGAAUGAGUUCAACGCCAUGGGUUAG